AUGGCUGUCAACUUCGCUGACCAGUACUUCGUUGAGAAGAGCAGGGGGUACAAGUACCAAUACCUGGCAAUGGCACUAUCCUUUUUAGUACCUUUGUUUCAUGGAAUCUUAUUUUUUUGGAUUCCCUGGGGUCUUCGUCAUUUGAGAGACACAAGCGGCUUGAGGUUCAAACCGUAUUUUACAUUCAUAAAGUGCUUUGACUCUAUGAACAGAGUUUUCAAAAUCAGAUUCUUCGGGAAAGAUUAUUACUAUCAACCAAGUCUAUUAAUUGUGAUUCUUGCCCACCUUGCAAUCAAUGUCGAGUUUUGUUUCUUGCAAACCAAAGACCUCACCAACUUCCCAUUUUACUACACUGUCGGCAAAAGAUUCGGAAGAUUAGCAGUAGCAAAUCUUCCUUGCAUUUUAUUGCUUGUUGCUCAUGGAAAUAUCAUUUCCGCCUUAUCGGGACUUCCCCUUGACAAGACUGUCUUCUUCCAUAAGUAUCUUGGAAGGAUGAUGUUUGUAUUCACUACCAUUCACAUGGUGAUCUCAUUGAAAUACUGGCUAGACUUGAAAUUUUACAUUAUGGUACAAAUUCCUCCCCAAAUAUUUGGUUUCAUAUCAUACAGCUGCUUGGGCAUGUUAAACGUUGCUUCUUUCCGUUUCAUCAGAAAUUUUGCUUUUGAUUUCUUUUUAGUUGAGCAUAGAAUUUUCAACUUCAUUAUGCUUUUGUUUGCUUACUUCCAUAACGGCGCCAACCACCUCCUUGUUCUUCUCGGUGUGCACCUUGUCGUUCUAGACAGAAUUGUUGCAAGAGUCAUGGGAAUUUUACACAAGAGAAAGGGACCAACUAAAGGAAUCUCUGACUUUGAAAUAUUGGACGAGACAACCUUAAGAAUCACCAUACCCAUCAAGGUAUUCGAUUCUGACCAAAGGAAGUGGUGGUGGUGUAUUGUACCCAGGUACGGAAAUUGGAGAGCUGGUCAACAUAUUCUUUUGAAUGUUUCCAAGGUCUCCCUCUUCCAAUACCACCCUUUCACUAUAGCAAGCUUGUCAGAUUCUGGAAAAAUGGUUAUAUUGAUGAAAGUAAGGAAAGGGUUCACUAGGAAAUUGAAAUUGAAACUACUCAAGAUGAAAGAAGAAAAAUCCAAAGAGGACGAAGAGUCAAUUGGGGAAUUGACCGAUAUUUCAAGCACAGGGAUUGUAGAGGUGGAAUCAGAGUCCCUGUCUCAGGCAGAAAACGAAUCGGCAAACUCUAAAAGUCUUUUAGUGAAGGAAACUACUUGUGAAAUCGAAGAAUUGAAUCCUUCAGAAUCAGCAAUAAAAGAGAUACUCACAGAUUUCCCCAAACCUCAAAUAUUGACCUUGUUCCUGGUAUCAAUGGUCCUGUCGGAGGAAACUACCAACCUUUGA